AUGUGCAGGGUGAUGUUCGUGUUCACCAAAAAAGAUGCGCAGUACUCCGCGCUCAGGUGGGCGGUCGACAAGAUGCACUACGAGUGUCGCGUGAGCGCGACCGCGGAGGAGGCCGUCGAGAACUUCCUCAACGGCCGCCCACACCUGGUUUUCAUCGAUGCGCGGAGCAAGCACACCAUCGACCCCAUAACGCUGUGCAGGACAUUGGGCGGCUACAAGUGGAGUCAGUACGCCUGCAUUGUCGCAGUGGUGAAGAAAGGGUUGGCGGAUAGGGAAGAGGCAGCUAUCAUCCCGCUGCUCAGGGCUGGCUACAAGAGGUGGAUGCUGGAGACGAGCUCGCCCAUCGCGUGCCUCAACGAGAUCGUCCAGAUUGAGCACAACGACCUCGCGCAGUCGUGGAAGCUAAUGGCAUCUGAGGCGCUGUUUUCUGCGUUACACUAUGUGCGGGACGGUGUCAUCAUCACUGGGCCUACGCACGAAAUACAGUUCAUGAACCGCGCGGCCGAGAAACUGGUGGGCUACUCGGUGGAGGAGAUGUUGGGCGAGGACGCCCGAGAACUGCAGCGCAACGAUUCGUUGAAGGGAGACGUGGCCGCCAACAUUAGGGCUCAGCUGGAAAAAGACUGUGCUUGGGAAGGCAGUCUCUUCCAUCGCCGAAAGACGGGCGAGUGCGUGCCGGUCUGGAGCAAGAUCGCGCCCGUGGACAACAGCGCAUCGCCAGGGAAGAAGUUAGACCACGUGGUGUACAUCAAGGAAAGUCCUUUCCUCAUGGAUAAGCCUUUCCCACCAGAGGCCGUGGUACUGAGCCGGAGACAGUCGUUCGCUAAGUACCAUGCAAUGUUAAUUGAAGCCCCCGUCACAAAGGUCGUAAAACUGCUGAUGGCUACGAAAGAGAACUCUGCACCUCCGGUCUCGCAAGCCCUGGAAGGUGUGCUCGACAUCCUUCGCGCCACCGACCUCUACAAUCCGCAGCUGGCCGCUGGGCAGGAAAAGACCGAGGAUCAGAUGACCUCCGACCUUGUCGCGGGACUCACUGGUGGACCGACCUAG